AGAAAGAGGACAAAUAAGAUGUACCGGUGGUGACACUGUAUAACAUGGGACAGAGUGAUGUAUACAACAAUGGGAUAUCAUCUCCAUCAUGGAGAUGAUACUAUCUGAAUAGAGACAAUCUGAGAUACAAGGAAGGCUGAACAUCAAGGAGUAAGACUACCUACAACUACAGUGUCCAGCAGGAUGGCGACCUCUUCAAGUUCUGUGUAUUCUGAAUGUAAACCUGGAGACACAUUGUGUGAGGUCCGGGUAUAUGAACAGGAAGUGAUAAUCGUACCGGUGUUGUUUUUGAUGAGUUUCUUGGUCACACUGGUGUUUCUCCUGCUGCUGAGGUUCUGUCCUGAGAAGGUGGAUCACCUGCAACCCAGGUCCAGUCGAUCAACCAGGACUAGGAGAAACUUGCAAGGCAUUGAUGCUCCUCUGGGUCUGAAUGCUCUUGAAGGUGAGCCCAUAGCAUUGGACACUACAUCUUACAUGACGUUCAACCCAGUUCGAGACUCCUAUAGGCAUGAACGUGCCUCAUUCAAUGCCAACAAUGUGGCCUUUACCGAUGGCGGAGGCUCUUUUGGCGCCGCAGCUUCAGCCUUCACAAAGCCCAGGGAACUUCCACGACAGCAACUGCCCGAGAAAUUCAAAGGGGUGUCUCCUCUCCCAGCAUCAUACUCUCUGAAGUCAGACAGCUCUGUCUCACUCUACAGGGCUCGUAUGGAAAACAGAAAUGUGGUUCUGCGUGUACUUAAAGAUUCAGCCAGUAACCAGGAAAGUCAGUCAUUCUUGGGCUUUGCGUCCUUCCUUUCCCAGUUAGGGCCCCAUCCCUUCUUACCGGAGCUUCUGGGAGUUAUAUCCCUGCGAGCUCCUCUCAUUACUGUUAUUGAAGAGAUGGAGAACAGAGAUCUGCUCGGAUUCCUGUGGCGGUGUAGACAGGAUAACGUUGGACCAGACGGCAUGUAUCAGAUGACAGAGAAAAAGAUAUUCACCAUGGCUUCACAUGUGGCCUCUGCACUGGUGAGCACAAUGUUGUUAUCACCACCUACUCAGUGUCAAAAUCCAAGCAUUCUGGCAUUUGAAGUGGCAAUAUAA